GAGAGAGUUGACUAUGGUCAAAGCCGAUUAGCGCUUAUCUCCGCUGUCAUUCUAUCCUCGUCCUCUUGAGGCUUCUCCUCACACACACACGCACAAAACACACGCAGUCGCGCGUUUUCUCCAACACCAUUUAAGUUCUGAAUGAGCACCAUGGAUUCCCCUCAAGCGUCUCUCCACAUGAGGAUCUCCGCGGACGCAGCGCUUCCGCCGGCUGGACAACUUUUACGCGCGGCUCUGCCCUUCUGAGUCCGGUGGAGAAAAAAAAACUUUGACACGAACAUGGCCAAGCGGUGAAAACGAAGAAGAAGAAGCAGAUCUUCGGAGUGGUCAAAAUGCAGAAGAGCGUGCGUUACAACGAAGGCCAUGCGCUUUUUCUGUCUGCCGUGGCGCGUAAAGAGGGCACCAAGCGCGGCUACCUGAGUAAGAAGACGGCCGAGAACAGCCGCUGGCACGACAAGUUCUUCGCCCUCUACCAGAAUGUUCUCUUCUACUUCGACAACGAGCAGAGCGCCCGCCCAGCUGGGAUUUACCUGUUGGAAGGGUGCACCUGCGAGCGCACACCGGCACCCAAAAUGUCCACCACUGGGAAAGAAGCCUUGGAGAAACAGCACUAUUUCCUUGUUGUGUUCGGCCAUGAUGGACAGAAGCCUCUGGAGCUGCGGACGGAGGAGGAGGGGCAGUGUGACGAGUGGGUGGAAGUCAUUCAGCAGGCCAGUUAUUCUGACAUCAUCAUCGAGCGAGAGGUGCUCAUGCAGAAAUACAUCCACCUGGUACAGAUUGUGGAGACGGAGAAGGUGGCGGCCAAUCAGCUGCGCACGCAAUUAGAGGACCAGGACACCGAGAUCGAGAGGCUUAAAGCAGAGAUUGUAGCUUUGAACAAAACAAAGGAGCGUAUGCGACCUUACCACGUCAACCAUGAAACAGAAGAUCCCGACAUUAAAAAGAUCAAGAAGGUACAGAGCUUCAUGCGGGGCUGGCUCUGUCGAAGGAAGUGGAAGAUCAUCGUGCAGGACUACAUUUGCUCUCCUCACGCUGAGAGCAUGAGGAAGAGGAACCAGAUUGUCUUCAACAUGGUGGAAGCAGAGACAGAGUAUGUCCACCAGCUCUACAUCUUGGUCAACUGCUUCCUCAGGCCCCUAAGGAUGGCUGCCAGCUCCAAGAAGCCCCCCAUCAGCCACGACGACGUCAGCAGCAUCUUCCUCAACAGUGAGACCAUCAUGUUUCUACAUGAGAUUUUCCACCAAGGCCUGAAGGCCAGGAUUGCCAACUGGCCCACUCUGGUGCUGGCGGACCUUUUUGACAUCCUGCUGCCCAUGCUGAACAUCUACCAGGAGUUUGUGAGAAACCAUCAGUACAGUCUGCAGGUUCUAGCCAACUGUAAGCAGAACAGAGACUUUGACAAGCUGCUCAAACAGUACGAGUCCAAUGCUGCCUGCGAGGGCAGGAUGCUUGAGACCUUCCUCACCUACCCCAUGUUCCAGAUUCCUCGGUAUAUCAUCACCCUGCAUGAGUUAUUGGCGCACACACCACACGAGCAUGUGGAGCGAAAGAGUCUGGAGUUUGCAAAGUCCAAGUUAGAGGAACUGUCCAGAGUAAUGCACGAUGAGGUGAGUGACACUGAGAAUAUUCGCAAAAACCUGGCCAUCGAGAGGAUGAUUGUGGAGGGUUGUGACAUCUUGCUGGACACUAGCCAGACCUUCGUCAGGCAGGGCUCUCUCAUCCAGCUGCCGUCGGUGGAGCGAGGCAAACUCAGUAAGGUCCGACUGGGCUCGCUCUCCCUGAAGAAAGAAGGGGAGAGGCAGUGCUUCCUUUUCACAAAACACUUCCUGGUGUGCACACGCAGCUCCGGAGGGAAAUUGCACCUCCUCAAGCAAGGCGGCGUCUUAUCCCUUAUUGACUGCACGCUGAUCGAGGAGCCGGAUGCUGGGGAUGAAGAGUCUAAAGCCGGAGGCCAAGUAUUUGGUCAGCUGGACUUUAAGCUGGUGGUGGAGCCGUCUGACUCGGCUUCAUUCACUGUGGUUCUGCUGGCGCCUUCACGGCAAGAGAAGGCUGCGUGGACAAGCGAUAUUAGCCAGGUGAUACACACACACACACACCUACUGAAUAACAAGAACCACCAAAUAGCGGGAGCAUGUAUCCACUGGGCUUUGUGGAGGCUUAGUGAUACAAAAACACAGACAUGGGUGCAGCUCCCUGGAGGUGAGCUUUGUAAACACAGCAGCUUCUUGCUUCCUACAAGACAAAAAACUUAUUUCAAGCCUCAUUUGUCCUCCUUUUUUUCCCUCCCCCUCCAGUGCAUUGAUAACAUCCGUUGCAAUGGCCUGAUGACCAGCGUCUUCGAAGAGAACUCCAAAGUGACCGUGCCUCACAUGAUCAAAUCCGAUGCGCGUCUCCAUAAAGAUGAUGUUGACAUUUGCUUCAGCAAGACGCUCAACUCCUGCAAGGUCCCGCAGAUCCGCUACGCCAGCGUGGAGCGUCUGCUGGAGAGGCUGACCGACCUGCGCUUCCUCUCUAUCGACUUCCUCAACACCUUCCUGCACACAUACAGGAUCUUCACCACCGCCACGGUUGUCAUGGACAAACUGGCUGACAUCUACAAGAAGCCUUUCUCUUCAAUUCCCAUCAGGGCGCAGUACCACUCAUUUGACCGUCUGUCCAUUUCAUCCAUCUGUCCUGACUACAGUCUGAAGAUCAAGAAGAUAACCAUGGAUCAGUCCAAGUCUUUGGAGCUGUUCUUCGCUACCAACCAGAACAACAGAGGCAGCGAGCACAUCAACGACAAAUCCCCUCGGCUAUGUCGCAAAUUUUCCUCCCCGCCUCCCCUCUCCAUCUCAUCCCGCACCUCCUCACCAGUCAGGACCAGGAAGCUCUCCCUCCACUCCCCCAUCAGCGCCAGGGUGGGGGGACUGGACCUAACCAGUCCUCUUACCGGCAUGAACCACCAUCACUCGUCCCAGUCCGACACCAGUAGCCCCACGUCGGCGCACACCCCACAGACUCCAACGCCUCAGACGCCAACGCCAACCACCACCUCCCCGCCCCCUCCUGUGUCCUCCACCUCCCCUCCACCUAGCUCUUCCAAGCUGCUGCAGGAUCAAGCGCCCCCUAUUCCCUCAUCUCCUGACCAGAGUCCUGUUGGGAGCACAGACGGGGACGAGGCGCCAAAGAUUGACCCUUUCAUCGGAAAACUGAGGCGCAGUAUACGCAGAGCUGUCCUGGAGUCGGUGUCCCUGGAGAAAAUCAUUCCUGAGUCUCCUCAAGGCAGUGAGGCAGGAGACAUGUCCCCUUGUCGCUCGCCCUCCACACCACGACACCUGCGAUACAGGCCGCCUGGAGUCCAGUCAGGAGAGAAUUCACGUUGCGCAGUUUCCCCCGCUUCAGCUUUUGCUAUUGCUACCGCAGCAGCAGGGCACAGUACUCCACCAGUGUUCACCAACUCUGAGAGAACCUGUGAUAAAGAGUUCAUCAUUCGUCGGGCUGCGACCAACAGAGUUCUGAACGUCCUGCGACAUUGGGUCUCCAAACACUCCCAGGACUUUGAAAUGAAUGGAGAGCUAAAGAUGUCAGUCAUCUGUCUCCUGGAGGAAGUUCUCAGAGAUCCAGACCUUCUUCCUCAGGAGAGGAAAGCCACUGCCAAUAUACUCAGUGCUCUUUCACAAGAUGAGCAAGAUGACGCCCAGCUGAGGAUAGAAGACAUCUUACAGAUGGCAGACUGUCCCAAGGCGGAGUGUUUUGAGUCUCUUUCUGCGAUGGAGCUAGCCGAGCAGAUCACUCUGCUGGAUCACAUCGUCUUCAGGAGCAUUCCUUACGAAGAGUUCCUGGGCCAAGGCUGGAUGAAGUUUGAUAAGACAGAAAGGACGCCAUUCAUCAUGAAAACCAGUCAACACUUCAACGAUAUGAGUAACCUAGUGGCGUCGCAGAUUAUGACCCACACAGACGUGGGCUCCAGGGCCAGCUCCAUCGAGAAGUGGGUGGCCGUUGCCGACAUCUGCCGCUGCCUCAACAACUACAACGGCGUCCUGGAGAUCACGUCGGCGCUCAACCGUAGCGCCAUCUAUCGUUUGAAGAAGACCUGGGCUAAAGUCAGCAAGCAGACAAAAGCCUUGAUGGACAAACUCCAGAAGACUGUAUCCUCAGAGGGAAGGUUUAAGAACCUGAGGGAGACCCUGAAAAACUGCAACCCCCCAUGUGUCCCCUACCUGGGAAUGUACCUGACAGACUUGGCCUUCAUCGAGGAGGGAACGCCCAACUUCACAGAGGAGGGACUCGUCAACUUCUCCAAAAUGAGAAUGAUUUCACACAUCAUCAGAGAGAUACGUCAGUUCCAGCAGACCCCCUACAGGAUAGAACAUCAAGUUAAGGUGACCCAGUACCUCCUGGACAAGACUCUGAUCAUGGAUGAAGACACACUCUAUGACCUCUCACUGAAGAUUGAGCCCAGGCUUCCUGCCUGAUUGAUUGAUUGAUAGCGUUUUCUGCCACAAGCUAUGCUAUACCAUGUUAUCUCGAUGAAGAGGAAGCUGGCAAUAGAGAGACUAAUGCAUGAACCGAUGGUCCUCCAGGAGAGCCUAAGGGAGGUUUUUUCAGUGGCGACUGUGGUGCCGCUCGUUGGACGGAGUGGAUUUAUAGAAAUGUAGCAUAUAAAGAAGGUGUGGCAGCGAGAUACCUGAGCUAAUGUCUCCGUGUUGUCGUCUGUGUUGCGCCUUUGUCCACCUUUGAGCCUCCCAAAAAUGCUUUCUCCAGUCUUGCAUGAUUUCAGCUUGGGGUGUGUGUGUGUGUGUCUGAAUGGCUUUCAGCUUGACCUCUGACCCCUACCGCUUAGCACUAUGCAUCCCCUGUGGGUGGCUGGCUACAGCGACAAGCCUUAAACCCUUCAAUUGUAGAACUGCAGCACACAUUUUGGGAAAAAAAAGUCAAAUAUUUUGAUAAAGAUGGCUAAAAUGCCCUUUAUGAAUCACAUAGAUUUUCUACAUAUGAGAAUGGACACCUUACUAUUUUAACAAAUGAAUGGUAAACAAUUAAAGAAAACCUUUUUGGUGCCUUCUGAUAACGCUGAUAAAUAUUAUUAUAAUAGAUUCUUAACGUUUGUUGGCCUCCGCAUGUUUGUACAAGCCAAUAGCUUCCUCUAGUGGUCACACUCUGUAACUACUGCCCUGAAAGCUUCUGCAGUUCCUGUGCAUUUGAACCCAUUCCUGUUUGACUGUUUUUGCACUCUCUGACAUGUAGCUUUGCUUGAGUGACACGUUAAUUCCUUGCAUAUAAGGUGAUUCAACACAAGGGAAAAUGUCACCUCCAUCGCUCUUGUUUGUGUGGCAAGAAAAUUCUGUUUUAUUCUGAAGACGAAAUGGGGGGGGGGGGGGUAAAAAAAAAUUGAAUGUUUUUUUUUUAAUGUAGCAUUUGCAUAUUCCAAAUUGAUGAACAUAGUUGUCUUGCAUGCACACAACAGCUGCAUGUUGUGCAUGUCUGACCAGCCCCUCUUGCUUCUUAGAUGAUUAUGGUCUGUGUGUGUAGCUGUCAGAAGGUGUUUGUUAGUCACCAGGUCAGCUGUGUGAGCCGUCUUCUUGAAGCUGUGCUUUGCUUGUUUUUUUUUUUUCAUUUGAGGUGCCGGUUGUACACUGGCUCGGGACCAAUGGAUGCUGUGUUUUGUAUUGUUAAAAAUAAUGUGUUUGUUUGUUUUUGUGUUUGUUAAUACUGUAUUUGUCUGCAUUUUUCACUGACGGGGGAAAAAAAUAAAUCAACAUGCCUUAUGUGAUGGUGUUCCAAGUCCAUAUCAAGGUGACUAUUAUUGACAAGACACAGGAUGAUAGAGUCAUUCUUUCAACAAAAAGUGUCUUUCUGGGGCAAUAUCUAUCAUAGAGCCAUCACUGACUAUGUGAAACAGACCAAACCUUAAUGAAGCAAAACCUAAUCCCAACCACAAUGAAAACCAACACCCUACCCACCUAAUUCUAACCCUAAUACCCAUGUGAACCCUCAAUUGGAAGCCCAAACCUAACCUAAACCUAACCUAAACCUAAACCUAACAGGUUAUCCUUAAUUCUGGCUUGACAGCAUCACCUCAAAACCUAAUGUCACGAUCGGGCUUCACCCCCUCGUGACAGCUUCCUUAGUUUUUGUCUUUCCUCCCUGUUCCUCAUUCGCGCCCUUAUUUUGUAGUCACUUCCUCUGUUGCUGUGUUCUGCUUUCCGUUCCUUGCCAUUUUCUCCCGCACCUGUUUUCAAUUUCCACACUCCCUAUUUAGUUCAGGUGUGUGCUCUUUCAGUUGUCGGUUCAUUGUCUUAUGUUGAGUUUUGCCUUGCUACUGCGCCAUAGCGGAAAUAAAUACAUUUACCUGCAUUUGGGUCCUAAUCUCUGCAUCCUGGGGUCGAACUUUACAACUCACAAGCCGGACCGUGACAGAAUGAACCGA